UGAACGGAGCCGCCGUUCCUCUGCCCGGCCGUCGUCGUCCUCCCCCUCCGACUGAAAUCCCUCCCCUCCACACAAUCUUCCAGCGAUUCCUCUCGGUUGCUUCCGCUACCCUCACUCACUCCUCUGCGCGGCCCUCGCCCCCACCAAUUAAUGGCUUCGUCCACGCUCGCCGCAGCCAGCUGCUUCGCGGCCGAGGGCGCCACCUGCACGCCGACCGGCAUGCAAGAUCUGCGGCGACCACGAUGCGUCUCUCCUCCUGCUGCUUCUGCUGCUGCUUCCGCCUCGUCCCAAGCGAGAAAAUGUAAGGUCUCGACCAAAUAAUUGAUGUUUGGACCGGUGUGUAUUGGCAUCAGUUGCUUCAUUUCUGUUGGAGGAGUGGAUGUGUCGACCGGUGUGUCCUUAAGCCAGAAGAAGACCACCAUUUGUGUUGUUUUAUCCUAGUGUUUCAAGAAACAAGUAGCUACUACGCGAUGUUCACAAUAUAUGCUCCCGUCAAAUAUGAUAUUUGAUACAAUGCAUAGAUACAUUGAUUCCUUUUACAAGAGGUUGUGUCUAAACAAUAUAUAUGUGCUGUGUUGGGCAUGUCAGCAGACUUAAUCUAUUUAGUUUGCAGGUAUCUGUGAAAACAAUAACUCUUUGUAGGGGGUCUCACGUGUCCCCAUGGAAUCUCGAGGUAAACAAUACUAAUAGAGUAGACCGAGAAAGCUUGUUAAUCUUUUCAUUUGUACGGGCAAGUGUUAUUACUUUACUUAAUCUAUUAUUGGCACUGACGAAAGCUACCAGUUAAUUAAACAGCGAUGCCACUAAGCAGCCAGCAAGUGGGCAACUUGCUAAUUUCUUUCACAAGACUCGAGGCUGCCUUUGUAGACUCUGCUAGCCAGAGAGUCCGCAUCUUUUUCCGCAGGCUCCAAAAGUAGUAUCCAACCACUAUUUGCUCUUGCUUGGUUCCAAUAUGCUGCCGAUAGAUCUGGCAAAGUUUCAUGUUGGUCGCUUUUGUUAGUUGUUCAUGUUGCUCCACAGACCACUUAUGAUUGAACUGAUCCUGCGCCGCUCUCCGAGAUCUCGCAGCACUCUCAGCAGUGGCUUAUCAGUUUUGUUACCGGCAUGUAUUCAGGUGUAGCAGCAGGGUUCUCUCUUGGUGAUUGACUGAUAAUCUUCUAUUAUCUAUUUUUAAAUCUGGCUUGGGCUCAAUCUUACGAGAUCUUAAGAGUAGCGAUGGGCUGACCAUUGGAGUAAACUGUGUCUUCAAAAUGAUAACUAUUGAAUUUUAUUAUUGACGAUUUUUCCUUGCUGGAAGACUAGUUUGCAAGCCUUCACUUUUUGCCAUCUACGGAACAAGUCACCCUGGUAUUUUUUGGUGAUCUACCCCCUGUGCGCGCAAUUUCAUAUGUUUGAUGGCAGCCGUUCUAGCAUCUCUGCUUGGAUCAUGUGCCAAUAAGUUGAAAGAUAUCAUUAUUGAUGAGGCCAUACUAAUCUUAGGGGUGGAAAAGGAGCUCGCAGAAGUGCUGCGACGAGUAGAACUAAUACAGUGUUGCAUAUAUGAUGCUGAGAAAAGGAGGACAAAAGAGCAAGCAGUAAACAAUUGGCUUGGUCAACUGAGAGAUGUUAUAUAUGAUGUUGAUGAAAUCUUGGAUGUGGCUAGAUGUAAAGGAAGCAAGCUACUUGCUGACCACCCUUCACCAUCAUCAGGCAAAUCAGUUGCAUGUAAAGGCCUUUCAGUUUCCUCUUGUUUUUGCAACAUAGUGCCACGCCGUGAUGUUGCUGUUCGGAUUAGAAGCCUGAACAAAAAGAUUGAGAGCAUUGCAAAUGACAAGAUAUUUUUGACUUUCAACUGUGGUACACAACCUACUCGAAAUGGUCCAACAUCCAAACUGAUAAGAAGUUCCAAUCUUGUUGAGCCCAACCUUGUGGGGAAGGAGAUCAUACAUUCUAGCAGGAAGUUGGUGGAUUUAGUGCUUGCACACAAGGAAUACAAGUCUUACAAGCUCGGUAUCGUUGGAACUGGAGGAGUUGGUAAGACAACACUAGCUCAAAAAAUAUACAAUGAUCAGAAAAUAAAAGGAAGCUUCAAGAUGCACGCAUGGAUUUCUGUUUCGCAAGACUACAGUGAAGUAACUCUUUUGAAAGAGGUCCUCCGGAAUAUUGGUGUGCAUAGUGAGCAAGGAGAAAGCAUAACAGAGCUACAGAGAAAUCUUGCACAAAUAAUUAAAGGCGAGAGUUUCUUUCUCGUUCUUGAUGAUGUGUGGCAUUCCAAUGUAUGGACAGAUUUACUGAGACCUGCAUUUCACGAAACAAGUGUCGGAAUAAUAUUGGUAACCACACGAGAUUAUCAAAUUACAAAGAGAAUAGGUAUAGACCAUACCCAUCAAAUUGAUCUCAUGGCAGUAGAAGUGGGAUGGGAGCUACUUUGGAAGAGCAUGAACAUCGAGGAAGAAAAGGAAGUGCAGAAUUUAAGAAAAAUAGGGAUUGAGAUUGUUCAUAAGUGUGGUCGCCUUCCUCUUGCAAUCAAGGUUACCGCUAGUGCUUUGUCAAGCAGAGAACUAACAGAGAAUGAGUGGAAAAGGUAUUUGGGUAGAUUUAUUGGCUCUCAGAGCAUCCUCUUGGAUGAAAUAGAAGAAGCUUUGUAUCUAAGCUAUGAUGAGUUACCGCAUCGUUUGAAGCAGUGUUUCCUUUAUUGUGCUUUGUAUGUUGAAGAUUCUGUCAUUGAACGUGAUGAAGUUACCUGGUUAUGGAUUGCUGAAGGCUUCAUCGAGGAGCGGCAAGGUCAUCGAGGAGUUUUAUUUUCUUCCUAGGGAAGUGUUCCAUGCCCUUCUUUAAUUGAAAUUGGAAUCUAAUAUUCCCUUCCUUCAUAUUAAUAAUUGC